UCGCAUCAUUCAAUGCUCGUCUGCCACGAGGAAAGAGGGAAUGGAUGAAAAAAAGUAAACGACAGAGAUUGAAAUAGGCACGAUGGCCACAGAAGGAAUGGUGGACAUUUCAAAAGAAGAGGAGAAGAAACUGAGGGAAUUAUUUGACAAUCUGGAUGUAAACAAGGACGGGAGAAUCGACAUCAAUGACCUGACUCAGGCUCUGUCCACCUUGCAAGUUCCACAAACACCGGGUCAUGCAAAGAAAUUCUUUGACAAGCAUGAUAAAGAUAAAGAUGGGCAGAUCGACUUUUCAGAAUUUGUGAAGUAUGUCACAGAUCAUGAGCGCCAACUACGCCUGUAUUUCAAGAAAAUUGACACAAAUGAUGAUGGCUCAAUUGAUAGGGAAGAAAUCAUUGAGUCUUUCAAAAGACUUGGUGUUGCCAUUGAGCCCAGUGAAGCUGAUAAAUUAUUGUCCAAAAUGGACAAAGAUGGUACACUUAAAAUAGAAUGGUCAGAAUGGAGAGAUUUUCUGCUUCUCUCUCCUUCUCAGAAUAUAAACGAAAUUCUUCAACACUGGCGUCAUGCCUCUAUGAUAGAUGUUGGUGAAAACAUCAUUGUACCAGAUGAUUUCACGGAGAAAGAAAUGAAGACAGGGAUCUGGAGAAUAAAUCUACUGGCGGGAGGCAUGGCGGGGGCCGUGUCAAGGACGUGUACAGCCCCUCUAGAUAGGAUCAAGGUCAUGUUACAGGUGCAUGGAACAAGUAAAAACAAAUUUGGUGUUAUUAAUGGUUUCAAACACAUGCUGGAGGAGGGUGGUGUUAAAUCUAUGUGGCGAGGAAAUGGUGUGAAUGUUAUCAAGAUAGCACCAGAAACUGCUAUCAAAUUUAUGGCAUAUGAACAGUUUAAGAAAAUGAUUCAUGGAGACUCCAAAGAGGAACUGCUAGUUGCAGAGAGAUUAUUGGCUGGUUCAUUAGCAGGAGCAACAGCUCAAACCAUUAUCUACCCAAUGGAGGUUCUUAAAACUCGACUUGCUAUCAGGAAGACUGGCCAGUAUAAAGGAAUUCUGGACUGUGCAAUGAAAAUCUAUUCAAAAGAAGGUGCUGCUGUGUUUUACAGAGGAUAUGUACCAAAUUUACUAGGAAUUAUUCCAUAUGCUGGAAUUGAUCUAGCUGUCUAUGAGACUAUGAAGAAAUUGUAUAUGAAAACCUAUGAGAACACAAACCCUGGGAUAUUUGUGCUGCUUGGAUGUGGAACCAUUAGCUGUACUGCUGGUCAGUUGGCCAGCUAUCCUCUAGCUCUCGUACGAACUAAACUACAAGCUCAAGGUGCAAAAGCUGACUCAAUGGUGGGACUUUUCAAGAAGAUUGUGAAACAAGAUGGCUUUACAGGACUCUAUAGAGGCAUUGUACCAAACUUUAUGAAAGUUAUUCCAGCUGUUGGAAUUAGUUAUGUGGUGUAUGAAAAAUCUCGACACUGGCUUUUAAAUACAAGUUAGGAAUAGGCAUUAAAAUAUUUGUUAUUAUUCUUAAUAAUACAUGUUACAUCAUAUGUUCUCUGUACACUUUUAAUGUUGUGAUAUAUUAUCCAUUGGAAUGUUGUCUUCACUUUCUUGUACAUCAAAUACACAUAUAUGUAUUAAGAUUGUAAAUGUUAAUAUUUUUUCACAAGAGUAGUAUAGAUAUUUUUCCCCCAAUUAUUCCAUAGUUGUUGAUUUGCCUGGAGUAUAUCUUAAAAUAUAAAGUUAAAUGUACACGUGUUUUGCAAUAUGUCUAAUAUUAAUCUUCAGUGCAAUCUUUUAAUUAAGUACACCUGAAUGUUACCUGCUUUUUAGUAGCCUUGCCAAAUGCAGAACCAACUAAUGUCUUUUAAAAAAGAAGCAUCAUGAAAGAAUAUUGGAAAAGGAGAAUUUAUUUGUGAAACUUGUGGUACACAGGGUUUUCAUCAUAAUCAGAGUAGAGAAGUUGACAUUCUUGUGUGUUAUAAUGGGUUUGUGCUUACUAAAUGUGGAGUACCACAAAAAUUCUCAGUACAUGUGUACUCAUCUUACAUUAGGUCACCUCAAGACUUCUUUCACAAUUCACAUUCAUUGUACAUUACAAUUUUUGUGUUAGGAUAUUUACAUGAUCUUGUGAAAAAAAAAUGAAUUCUUUAACUGUGUGCAUGUUGAACUGAUUUCUUGCAAUGCUGAUAUUUAAUGGAAACUUUUUAAUGGAGUCCUGUCAAGAUUUCAGGGAAAACUGUAUGAAAAAACUGAACAGGAUAAAGUAUACUGUUGAAUAGAAGUUCCCAGCAAGUUUGGUAAACAAUGCAUUUUAAUCUAGUAAGGAAAAAGAGAAUACUUGGAGAAGAUGUAUGGUAUUACUAGCAAAGAAAUUUCUAUUACACCAGUCAGAUUAAAAUUUUUAUGAGCGUAGCUUUCUAACUUCUGCUGUUUGCCAUUUUCCUUUUAUUGUCUCUUGAACAUAGGAUUUAUUGCAUAAUCAUGAAUAUAUUAUAAUUAAAGUAAUGAGAAGAAUAUUUUCAUGUUAUAACACGUGUAUAUAACUUGAUGAACUGUGAUAUCAGUAAUCCAUUUACCUAAAGUUAUGUAAUAUGCAUAGUAGUUUAUUUUGUACAUGGUUACCAUAAAUUAGCUUCGUAAGUGUUUUUAGUGGUUAAAUAUUCUUACUCCAAAAAAUCCAUGACUUGCAAAUGUUUAUCAUUCCAAGAAAGACUAUUCUGAUGUUAAAACUUUGUAUGGAAUAAUAUGGACAUUUUUCGUUUUUUAAAUGAUGUAAUUCUAGAUAAGAGUAAUGAAUUGAUUUGGGGUGUUUUGUGUUUUCCACUUAGUUCAUGUUAGAACACAGGAUCAUUUGAAAAUUUUUUCUUAUUUUUAUACUUCUUAUGCUUGACAGACUUAGUAGAUAUUUCAAAUUCACAUGCAGAAAUCACCACUGCUGCAAGGAUUGAACUGAUCUGUGACCAAACUCCAUGGGCAUGCAUUUUUCAUUGCUGAUAAUAGCUGUACUGGUCAGAGA